AUGAGAGCCCGUAUUCCAACUCCUCGCUAAUCAGAGCAUUCUGAGCAAAAAUAAGCAUUACAUCUUCCAAAGCCAUACAAACUAAGAAGAUACUAUCUGCCUUCUGAGGUUGCCCACCACAAUACCAAAGAUGAUUGCUGGGUUUCUUUCUUCAAUCAAGUCUUUGAUCUAACGUAACUCCUGCAAGAGAAUUUCACAAGUGAACUUUGCGAUCCAAUAGUCUUAAACGCAGGAACUGACAUUACUCAUUGGUUUGAUCCCUUGACUAAAGAGCCAAAAACAUACAUUGAUCCAGUAAAGUGUACAACUUAAGUCUACUCCCCAAUUGGUAGAUAUUUGCACAUUCCAUCCCAAGAACCUGACUCUGACUCCGCCUCGAUUCCUUUCACUACUCCAUGGUGGAGAGAUACUACUAAAUAUAUGAUAGGCAACCUUACCUUCAGAACUAGAAAGAUCAGAAUAAUCAAUAUGCUCACUAAGCAUGAUGAUAUUUUAGAGGUGGCAUCUGAAGAGACAAUCAAUGAAAUUUUAGAUAGAUAUAUUGAAUUGAAUAUGCACUGUGCCUCAUACACAUGGAAACGUUUAGGCAGAGUGCUGGACAUGAGCAAGACCCUAGCAGAGAACGAAAUCCCCGAUGAGACUGACGAGCUAAUAGAACUGGGCAUCGACCCCAGCUAAUUGAGUUUAAUGGGAGGAACUCAGGGAAUUUCAGCAGCAAACAAACCACAAUAGUCCUUCAACCACAAGAUCAUCGCUACACCCUCGACUGUGUUCAUUGGGGACAUUCCCAAAGGGGUCUCAUAUGUUGAGAUAUUUGAGUAUCUCAAGGAACAUGUCGGAGGGGACUUUGAGAUUGUUCUUAAGAGGCCAGCAUAUAGAUACUUCUACUUUGCAUUCUGUAAAUUCAACGAUAUCUAUGUUGCAAGGAAGCUUCUUAAGGACAUCAGAUACCCUGAGAUAAGGGGAAAAGUUUGCAGAGUCAUGCCAUAUGAGAAGGAUCUUAUCUCUAAGAAGUUCGACUCUAAAUCUUCUCUCUUUAUCAAAGGAUUCAAGAAGGACUGGACUCACAAGGACCUCUAUGAGUUCUUCAAGGUAUUUGGUGAGAUAAGCAGUGCUAAGGUGUCCCUCAAAGAAGACCAUCACUCAAGAGGAUAUGGAUUCAUUCAAUUCUAAAGGGAAGAAUCUGCCAACAAAGCAAUUGAACAGUACGAUGGAAAACCAAUCAAAGAAGGAGAGGAGAUUUUGAAGAUUGCAAAAUUCCUUAAAGGAGAUUAGAGAGUUUCAACCAAGAACUUAUUUAACAAUCUCUAUGUUAAGUAAUUCCCUAAGGCUGACUUAUCGAGUGAUGAACUUCGAGAUUUAUUUUCUGUAUACGGUAAAAUUAGCAGUGCUAUUAUCAUGAAAAACGCUGAUGGAAGCAACAAGGGAUUCGGCUUUGUUUGUUUUGCCGACUCUGACUCAGCAAUGAGAGCCCUUACUGACUUGAACGGCAAGGAUGGCCUCUAUGUCAAGAAAGCCCUAAAGAAGGAGCAGAGAGAAGCUGAGGUUAAGAAACAGAGCGAGAAAUUCAAAAAGUCAAUGCAGAAAUUCAACCUCUAUGUGAAGAACUUUCCACUAGACACCACUGAUGAUGAACUCAAAGAAUUCUUUGCCAGAUUCGGAGAAGUUAACAAUGUCAAAAUCAUGAGGAGCCAAAGAGUGACUAAGGUCACUACAAAUGCAGCAACUGAAGGAGAAGAGACAUUUAAGGAACAAGAGUAGAGUGACAAAUAUGCAGAAGAGGGUAAACUCCCAGAGUCACUUGGCUUUGGUUUUGUAAGCUACACUAAUGCAGAAUCUGCUGCCAGAGCAAAACUUGAGACAAAGACUAUGCUGUUCAAAGGUAAGAUUCUUUUCGUGAGCCAGUUUGAGACAAAAGCUGUGAGACAGUCUCAUUUGGAGGAGACCAGAGAUAAGGCCCAAUUCGAUAAGUACAAGAAGAAUCUAACCACAUCUACAUCUUCUCUAAAUAGCCAGAGAGUUAACUAAAAUCUUAAUGGCUUAGGUCAAUUGACUUUGCUGUAGCUAAUCUAAUUUGUAUUGUGCCUCAAAAACUUUGGAAUGGACUAGCUUUAAGCAAUACUGCAGAACCCUGACAUGCUUUAAAACCUCUCUAAGCUGAAUCUUUCAAAUUUAAGCAUGCCUAGUUCUGGUAAUAGAAAUCAUCAUUUCAACAGCAACUUCAAUAGAAGAAGAAAUUUCCAAAACUAGAGGUUCUAAAACUAGCCUAGCCUCAAUUAGAAUCUUUCAACUGGAGCAAAUCAUCAGCAGAUGAAUUCUUAAUAGCCAGUCUAGAUCAAUCAAAAUGUCCCUUAAUCUGUUGCGAAUACUUAUAAGAACUAUAAUCUGAGAGGCUAAGGUUCCUACAGCAAUCAGCCAUCUAAUGUCCCUCCUCCAAUGCCCCCACCACCUGUUGUGAAUGAUCAAGUCAAGUAAUAGACUGCUAUAAAUUAAGGCAACUAGUUCCAGUAAUUGAAUACUUAGUUUGUACCACCAUAGCCAUUUGUAAUGCCCUUUAACUAAAUGAUGAUGCCUUAGCACUAUCAAUAGGCCUUUGACCAGACUCAAUCAAAUACCACUCAGAUAAAUCCAGCCUUCAUGUAAAGUAACCCAAUUUUCAAUUGGGGAAACUUAUCAGCAUCUCAACAGUUGGCAAUCAAUAAAGUUAUGGACAGAUAUUUCAGACUGACUGGCAUUAGAUCUUAGAUGAACGGUGGCUUGCCCAACAAUAUUGUCUUCAGAAAGGAUGUAGAGAACAUUUCGGAGACUGCUGAAUUCAUGUCUCCCAACACUGACUUCAGAAGGAAAAAGGAAAUGCUAGCUGAGAUUCUAAUUGAUUGGGUUAUUUGUCUAGCUGAUGAGAAAAAUUCAAGGAAGAUUCUUGGAAUGAUCAUGAAUGUUCAGGAUUAAGGCUUUAAUGACUGCAUAUCAAGUUUGGAAUUCUUCAGAUUGAAGGUCAAGGAGGGGGUAUCGUUGAUCAAUGCUUAGAAUGCCAGCAAGUCCUCGUCAUCAAGUUCAUCAGAUUCAUCUCAGGUCUUGAAUGGAAACGGAACUCAGAACCAGUUGCAGACUUAAGUUAGCUUCCCCUUGCAGUUAUAAGGACAGCACCUUAUCUAAGUGAGCGAGUAUACAGUCAUCCAACAGCAACAACAGAAUUCUGCAUUCUAAGGAAAUUCAAGCAUCCUAAGCAGCAGUGGAGUUGCAGACAUCAGCAACAACACUGUCUGA